AGAACAAGGCUACCAGACUCGGACCUUGAUUUCUAUAAGCCCUGAACACCUUGUUAAGAACCCACAAGCUGAGGUUACACUUGGACCCACAACGGAGGGGGGGGGAUGCUCCCCCCACUCCUCUGCCAUCCUCCGCCCCACGGGAAAGGAAAGCCACAGAGGCCGCGAUUCUAGAGAGGCCGCCAGGAGAGGUGGGGCGGGACGCCGUUGCCUUCCUUCCUUUCCGGCCUCCAGAGAUGGAGAAGAGCCCUUUGCAGCCCCUUCGGGAGCGACUAGAAGUUACCGGUUGCUGACCUCAGACAGAGUCCAGCCUUUUAAUAAAGCUGCACAUUGAUAUUUGAGAUCUACAAGAAACUCCUGAAAAGAAAGAACAGACGACAUACCAAGGAACAUCAGAACUUCAAAUCUGUUCAUCUUUGUGGGACUGGCUUGGCAGAAGAUACAGGCCCAAACUGCAAGAGAUGACCAGUGGAGUGAGGGCAACGAGCAAGUUCAUGAGCUAUUGCCAGAGAAAGAGAAGAAUGGAGAUUUGAAAGUUCUGGAAUCAAGGCAAACCAGAAAAGCGGACAGGAAGUCACAUGGCUGAGAAGAGGGAUGAAUCCAUUCCUGACCAAGGACAGGAUUGCCAUAAAGUAAUCCACAAAGUAGAGGAAACAUGUAAGUGCGUGGAGUGUAGAAUGAACUUCUCAGAUCACAGCCAAUAUGAAAUCCAUUUGCAAAUACACAGUGGAAAGAAGUCACAUCAAUGUCUGGAGUGUGACAUGACUUUCCUUAGCAGGGCAAAGCUCCUGAGGCAUCAAAGGACACAUCAAACAGAGAAACUUUAUAGUUCCUCAGAGUGUGGCAAGAGCUUGUCACAAAAAUCAGAUUUUUUUCAACACCAAAGGACUCGUUCAGGAAAGAAGGCAUUAAUCUACUUAGAGAGGAAACAGACCUUUUCUGGUAGAAGAAAGGGUAAUGUACAUAUUCCAAAACACAGCAUAAUGGGAGCACAAAAAUGCUUUCAGUGCGGAAAGUUCUUCAGCUGCAGAUCAAAGCUCCUUGUGCACCAAAGAACCCACACAGGAGACAAACCUUUUGAAUGCAUAGACUGUGGAAUGAGAUUCAGUCAGAGAGGCAAUCUCCAACAGCAUCAAAGAACUCAUACAAGUGAGAGACCGUUUGAAUGCCCAGAGUGUGGAAAGAGAUUCAGUAACAGUACCAUUCUCCAACGACAUCAUAUAACUCACACAAAUGAGAGACCUUUUGAAUGUUCAGUGUGUGGAAAGAGAUUCAGUCGGCGUUGCAAUCUUCAACUGCAUCAAAGAACUCACACUAAUGAGAGACCUUUUGAAUGCUCAGAGUGUGGAAAGAGAUUCAAUCAUAGUACCAAUCUUCAAACUCAUGAAAGAACUCACACAAAUGAGAGACCUUUUGAAUGCCCUGAAUGUGGAAAGAGAUUCAAUGUUAGUAGCAGUCUACAACGACAUCAAGGAACUCACACAAAUGAGAGACCUUUUGAAUGCUUCGAGUGUGGAAAGCGAUUCAGUCAGAGUAGGUAUCUUCAAAAGCAUGAAAGAACUCACACAAAUGAGAGACCUUUUGAAUGUUCCGAUUGUGGAAAGAGAUUCAGUCAGAGUAGGUAUCUUCAAAACCAUCAAAGAACUCACACAAAGGAGAGACUUUUUGAAUGAUCUGAAAAGAAAUUCAGUCAUAGUGGUGCUCAUCAACAACAUCCAAGAACACAGGGGAGAACCCUUACAUUUGCUUUGAAUGUUGAAAGAGAUUUAUUCAGAGGGGCGCUGUUCAACAGCAUCAAAAGAUCCAAACGGGAGACACCUUUUGAGUGCUUAGAGUAUGGAAAGAAAUUUAGCCAGUCUAGCAAUCUGGCCCGACACCUAAGAACUCAGACACAGAGAAGACCUUUUCGAGUGCUCACUGUAAUGUAAUGUUUUCUCCUCAGAUGGGGCACCCCAAUUUGAUCCACCAUCUUCUCCUGGUUUUUUUUAAGAGCACCCCAUUGAAAUUCUGAAGUACAAUGUAGAAAAUGUUCCAUCAGAGAGGCAUGAGGUCACCAGGGCUUUCAUGUGAAAGAAGGUUUGGUCACAUAAGCUAUCCUUAGCAGAGUUGAAUAAUGCACAUGUUGGGAAUAAGAGCUCCUGGUAGUUGGAAAUUAUCCCUAUUCAUAGUUAGCAGAGUGCACGGGUGGCUUAAACAGCACAGCAGAAGCCUUACCUCGUGUGCAUUUGUGUGAUGGAUCCCAACGUGCGGCAAGCUUACACAAAAGAAAGUCUGAGUCAGUUGUAGUUUCUAAUCUAAUAAAAAGAGUAUUUAUUA